GACGACUGUGAGCUGGUCAGUUGUCGAUCCGGCUGGGCGCCGGGCCUUCAGCCACUGGGGCGGUGCAGCGUCGGCCCUAAGUGAGCAUCCCUGAUCCCUCGGUUUCAGGUCUGGGUCGCCUCGAUUUUUCGCCUGCUGGGCGCUGCUAAAUUAGGGGGAUCGGCUAUGAAGACUGAAGACUAAUGCUGUGGGGCCUUGCCCCUGUGGCCAUGCCAAACUAAGACCCAUCGGGGCUCGUCUUUUAAACAUGGCCUUUUACGCUCGUCUUGCACAUUAUUUACUCCAUCUCACCACCUCCCACCAUGCCUCUCAUCGCCAAUACGCCAGAAUCCGUGCUGAACCGCACCGAUUCGCUUGACCCGGCCACCACCUGUCGCGGUCUGACCUCGAAUGGGCGGCCAUGUCGCCGUUCUCUGGCGUCUGCGCCGCCAUCAGCGCCCGCGGGUGAGAAGCUACAACAGACUGACGCGUCGGGAAUGUAUUGCUGGCAGCACAAGGACCAGGCAGUGUCGGUCUCGCAGCAGAGCCCUGGACCCGGCCCUUCGCAAUUGAAGCCCCGCGGCAGCAUUGACACAUUAAUGGAGCGGUUAGGGUUGCUGGACAUCAACGAUGCCGCGACUCCGGAGAAGCGCCGGAGACAACGGAAGCCAGCACAGAAAAGGCAGACCAAGCGAACGAUCUGCUGCUGUUUCGAGGUCAUCGAAGAGGAAGACAUCCAGCCACCACGGCCGGUCAGUGCGCCGACUGGAAUGCAACAAACCUCCACCGCGAAACCACAGCAGCCAUCCGGCAAGACAUCACCGCAGACCCCGUCCCUGUCGCCCCAUCAGACGCCUUCAGGAACAGACGACGACCCUCUUUCAUGGAUUCCCUCCGGCCUCUCAUCGGAGACGCUAUCCAACCUCACGAAUGAGCUGACCAAACCCAUCUCGGAGAAAGAUGAGCCAGGCUACAUCUACAUGUUCUGGUUAACGCCCACGACAUCCGAUUCAAGGGGUCCUCCGCCUUCGGAGGUCGCCUCGUCCCUGUUGCCACCGACUUCCUCCCCGGGACGAGAUCGCCGCGUGAGCGAUGCCCUUCGAACCGCUCGCGAUCUUAACGCCUUGGCGUCGGCGCCCACCAGCGACAGCCCCGGCACGAUCCGAUUGAAAAUCGGGCGGGCCAACAACGUCCAACGACGACUGAAUGAAUGGUCGCGACAAUGCGGCCACGAAAUCUCACUGAUCCGCUACUACCCCUACACGCCUUCCACCCCUCAACCCUCGCCAUCCCGACGCGGCGACCAGCAUGACAGCAGCAGCAGCAGCACCCUCGUCCCCGGCCGCAAAGUCCCCCAUGUCCACCGCGUGGAGCACCUCAUUCACCUGGAACUGUCCGAUGUGCGACUUCGCAACAUGGGCAAAUGUCCCGACUGCGGCAAAGAGCACCGCGAGUGGUUUGAGGUCACUGCGGAAAAGUCCUCUCUCAAACGAGUGGACGAUUGCAUACGCAGAUGGGUGAAAUGGGCCGAAAUGCAUUAAUCCCAGCUCCUGCAUUAGACAUUACCACACUCAAUCACGGGCAGAAGAAACAUACUGCGCCCUGAAGUGCUCUCGCAAAUGCAAUGCACAUACAUCCCUCAACAACCCAGCCUGCCCCUUCCACUUAUUCAUACUCCAACUCUCGUAAGCAUAAGUACCAUCUCCGUAACUACCUCCCCACUCCCCC